GUCAGUCUCAGGGUCCUGAUUUCCCAUAGACCCUUCCCCUUUUACUACUGGGAGCUAGCCAACUAAAACACCCCACUGACUGUUAGUAAGGGAGCAACAGUCCCCUUACAUAUAGACCAGGCCUAAAACUAAAAACGUGAGAAGAGGUCAGUGACUUUGGACACCAUGGUUUUUGGAUGCCCCAGUUCGAGACAGCUUGGGCCUGAUUUUCCCAAGUUCUGAGCACCCCCAAUUCUAACUGAAGUUGAAGGAAUUCUUAAACACAACCCUCCAUUACUAUUAACUGAAAAGUCAGACCAUAGCUCGCUUUGCCUGAUUUGGGUGGCCCUGUGUAACAAUGUUUCGUCACAAAUUCAUACAGCUCCUGUCCACCAUGAUCAUAUCUUUAAUGACAGUGUCAGCCUGAGGAUUUGGGUGAAGGAAAGUGAGAUUAUUCUUUACAUACAGUGAAUCAGUUAAAUAUUGGAAAACACAAAAAGGGUUACAGAAACAGUGAGUCUCCUCUCCCACGAGUCUCCUAUUUCAGAAGUAGAGCCCAACUCUGUGCUAGGAAACCAGGCAUAGUUACCAACAUUUUAAAACAGUGUAUCAGGAGAAUAUUCUCCAAAUAAACGAGAGACCUCUGGGCUGCCAACUGAUGGAAGACUUUGUAGACAUUCCGAUAACCCACUGGCACAGUCCAUACUUUUUUGCCUACUUUCCUACAGCCAGUUCUUUCCCAGCUCUUCUUGCUGAUAUAUUGUCUGGUGGCAUAGGAUGCGUGGGCUUCUCCUGGGCUGCAAGUCCAGCUUGCACAGAGCUGGAGACAGUCAUGCUGGAUUGGCUGGGAAAGAUGAUUAAUUUGCCUGAAGAGUUUUUAGCUGGGAAGGACAGCGAAGGUGGAGGAGUCAUUCAGGGCAGUGCCAGUGAGGCUACUUUGGUUAUGUUGCUUGCUGCCAGAACAAAAACAAUCAGACGUGUCCAAUCAGAAAACCCAGAACUAACAGAGGCACACAUCAUGAGCAAGCUGGUGGCCUAUGCAUCUGAUCAGGCCCACUCAUCAGUGGAAAAGGCAGGAUUAAUUGGUGGAGUGAAGAUUAAAAAUAUCCCUUCAGAUGAUAAAUUCAGUGUUCGUGGAUCAGCCCUAAACAAAGUUUUGCAUGAAGACAGAGCUGCUGGUCUUAUCCCAUUCUUUUUUUGUGCAACACUCGGAACCACACCUUGUUGCUCCUUUGACAGACUGUUAGAACUGGGUCCUAUUUGCAAUAAGGAGAAUAUCUGGAUGCAUGUUGAUGCAGCAUAUGCAGGGAGUGCUUUCAUCUGCCCUGAAUUCCGACAUCUUCUAAAUGGCGUGGAGUUUGCAGAUUCAUUUAACUUUAACCCUCACAAAUGGCUCCUAGUGAAUUUUGACUGCUCUGCUAUGUGGGUGAAGAAGAGAUCAGACUUAACAAAUGCCUUUAAAUUAGAUCCUCUUUACCUGCAGCAUUCCCAUCAGGAAUCUGGGCUUGUUACAGAUUACAGGCAUUGGCAGAUCCCUCUCGGCCGAAGAUUUCGUUCCCUGAAAAUGUGGUUUGUGUUUAGAAUGUAUGGAGUCAAGGGACUACAGGAGUACGUCCGUAAGCAUGUAAAACUGUCACAUGAAUUUGAAAACUUGGUACUUCAGGAUAAACGAUUUGAGAUCUGUGCUGAGGUCACACUGGGACUGGUAUGCUUCCGACUAAAGGGCUCCAAUGAACUGAAUGAGGCACUUCUUAAAAGCAUAAAUGAUGCCAGGAAGAUCCAUCUGGUUCCAUGUCACCUGAGAGAGAAGUUUGUGCUACGUUUUGCCAUUUGUUCCCGCACAGUGGAGUCUGUCCAUAUCCAAUUUGCCUGGAAGCACAUCUCAAUACUAACAACUGAACUUCUGAAAGCACAGGACAAGCAGCAGCUAUAAGGAAUGUGGGUGAGGUGAGGGGUGUUAACUUGGCAGCAUGGAGAAAAUCAAUUUUCUUUAGUGGGAGUGGGAAUUAUGAGGGGGGAAAUGUAGCUAUUGAUAUUAUAUGGCCCAGCUACACUAGCAAAAUUACUGUCAGCAAAUUGUGUUGUACCAUGGUUCCUGACUGCAUUAUACCAUGAUUUGGACUUAGUGAUUUAUAGAUGGAACCAGGCGGUGCUGUUGCGAUGUUAACAAGCAGUAUUAUGGCUCUGUAAAAAUCAGGGCUGUAUGGAGUUCUAUAAAUGGUUUUAACACUCUUUGUUCUUGCCUGUGUAGACAGGACCAAAUUACCUUAUUAUAAUACAGUUAGAGCACUAUCCUAUUACAGGUCUAUUUGUUACCAUGGUAGUUUUGCAAGUGGCCCUUGGAGACAUCUGCUUUCCUAGGUGGCAGAGCCAGUGGUAAGAAAGGAAUUAGAGGAACUCUAAUAGCUCCUAAUGUAACAAUUUUCUAUGUAGAUUCCUCUACCUUCCUUUAAAAGGGGUUUGUUAUUUGGAGGCAGCCAUCCUCUUAAAAUGCAGUGUUCUGCAUAUUGCUAAUUCUGUUUGCCUACAUAGGUACUUCUAUGGCUUACAUCAGUGUAGUAUCUGACUGCCUAACUGGUGCUGCAAGAACUAGGGAACCAGAAACACUUUUAAACUAAGGAAUAUGCACAUUUUAUUUGGAUUUGACUUCAAUAAUAAAAUGUUUAUAGACCUGAUGUCACUGGAAUGUAGUGCCAGCCUUCUGGCAGGUAGAAGAACCAACUCAAACCUUUAAAUAGUGAAAACAAUAGGUAUUUAAAUUUAAAGGGGUUUGUUCUCCUGACCCCAAUAGGGCAAGGAAAGAAUAGACUCUUUCCUCACUCCCACCACCCCUCCCCACACACUACCACUUCCCACAGUGUAAUUCUUUGAACAUGUAAGAAUCCACUCCACUUAGAUGAAAAAUUGACCUAAAUCCAGAAACCACGGCUCAGUCCAACUAGCUGGAUGGGGUUCUGGGAAGAAGCAGGGGUGGAGGAACCCACUCUGCCCCCCUGGGCUGAAGUAUAUUCUAUGUAUCCUUAUAUCCCCUGUACCCUGUCUGGGAAGGGAGAACAGGAGAAUCUGCACAGACUGAGAUCAUUUGGCCCUUUCCCCAGGCACCCCAUUCCCUGCUCUCAUUUGCUCCUUGGGGGUACAUAUUCCCUCUACAAUCUUCCCAUUUCCUCCCUGUACCUGGAUCUGCUGCCAAUGAUCCUACAGUGGUCAUGCUUUAAAUGUUUCUGUUGAUUUGAUAGAUUUUACGCUGAGAGACAUUUCCUACAAAUUGGUUGAAAUGUUUUAAGUGUGAGUGAUGUAUUAAAAUUAAUUUACAUUGAAAUGAUUUUUAAAAAAAUCAUGAACUGUUAACAUCUCAGAAUAUUGAACAGCAACAUUAUCAAAGUACAAAUUUACUUUCUAUCAUUUCUACCAUUUGAGUACACGUUUGUAAUUUCCCAGACUGGACCAUAAAAAUAGCCUGGUCAAUUUUGUUCUCAUAUUCUCAUGUACCAGCACAAUGCUACUGUUCUGGGAUUUCUAACACAUCAAAUACCAUGUUUUACAACUUUUCAUUAAAAGUAAAAAAAAAUUAAAUCUUAAAAACAGAUGUUAGGUUUACACAUAUUUAAAAACAGAAAAAUUACAUUUGAGACUAACCUACUUAAAUCGAUAUCAUACUUACAGCAAUGUAAGCCUCAAAAAUUCAUUUGCUCUGAAGCCACAUAGAUGACCAUUAAUUACUAUGUCAUAUCUGAGGCGUUGUUCAUCAUAUAAAUUAUUAUUAACGAUUAAAAGGGGAUUGGGCUGUCUUUGAGUUAUAUUUUAUGUUGAAUUAAAAAAAAAUCAGUCUACUCCAAAUUGAUACAUCUUGAAAUGCUGUGUAAGGAUUUCACCUGUAAUCGUAAUUUGUGCACUACCUGACUCUCACCUGACGUGAAGAAUAAUCUGUAAACUAUGUUGUGUGACAUGAUGCUAUAUGGUCUUUAAAGCAGCUAAUUUAUGUGGUGUAAUGUGUAACAAACCUCUUAGACAUAAUACCACUGUAACUGUGAUUGUAAAAUGUUGCUUCUGUUCCCACGUUAGUCAAAGAUGAUUUAUUGUUGUAUUACUGUCCGUUUUUGUUCCAUCCACUGUAACUUUGGAGUAUGAAAUAUUACUUUCAGAAAUGUAAACCAUAAAUAUAAUUCAAGGUCUAUGUUGAAAAUAUGUGCCUAUGAUUCUGAUAAACCCACAGAAUAAAGGAAAUGUGCAGUUCAAGCACUCCAUCAUUAUGUUACCCUAUAAAACUUAAAUAUUGCCAGGGAUGAGCCCCAGGACCACUGACCUUAUUAAGACUCUUAUUUAAAAUAUGAAUUCCAGACUGCCAUUUCUGGGGUAAACUAAAAGAAUAAAUGGAUAUCAAAGGAGCUUGAAUUCCCUAGAUCUGGAUGUUUUAAAAAAACUGAUUUCAAAUGCAACAAAGAGAAGAAAGAUAUGGUAAAUCAGUCUGAAACACCAGGCAACAUUCAGACAGGUGAUUGAGCCACUGUGCUAAACAUUGCUCUUGGCUACAUUAUUAUCAAUUCAGAGUAACUUCACUGACUUAAGUGGAGUUCAAGUGAAAUUUUAAGGGUAUAUGUAAGCACAGAAUGUGGUGCACUGUGUACAGAUGAUCAAUAGACUGAGUGAAGCUGAGGAUUUUAGCUGUCAUAUUGUUCCUCUUAAGUGUUCACUUAAAAAAAUACAUUUUUCUGGUCUCACAACCAAGGAAGCCGGUUUGUCUUCUGGCUUUCUAGCCAAUAAGUCUCCCAUACGGAAAUAAUUUUUACAGGCUUCACAUUAGAAAACACUCGUCUGGUAACCAGAGAAGAAUUACAGCUCCUCCACCAGAUGGACCAAUAUUUUUGUGAGGUAAGUAGAUAAACAGCUCUGUGCAGGACAAGACAGGUCAGAUUCUGAUGUUGGAUAUGGUAGGGUAAAUCCAAGAUAAUUCCACAUAAAUCAGUGGAGUUGCCUGGGUUUACUACUGUAACUGAAAUGAAAACCUGUCUCAUAGUAACUGAAUGGGAAAUGCAUAAGGGAAGGAAACACUGCACGGAGCAUGAAUUUUUACUAGACCUGGUCAGAAAAUUUCUGACAAAAUGAAAUUUCAUUGAGAAACAAAUACAUUUUAACCAAAAAGUUGUUUCCAUGCAGCUCUAAUCCAAAUACUAAGUAAUCAUUUUGAAAAAGUAUAGCCAUUUUUAUAACUGAAAUUAUUCUAAAUGUAGUAAAAAGAUUUUUAAAAAAUUAAAAAGAGAUUUUGCUCCAAUUGCUUUUUUUAAAACAAGAAGUUAAAGGUCUGUAGAUUUACAGUGCCCCUUACUUAGCACCAAGUGGAAAUCUAUGUUUCAUAUUUACUUGUUUCUAAAUGCCAGGGGUGAUGUGACUUGUUAUAAUUCAAAAGAAAAAGGUGAAGGAUUUUUUUCACACCUUCCUGUACCCUAUUUUCCCUUGGAAGGUAAAGGGUGGGUAGUUAAGGAAGGUAUUAUUGUUGCCUUGAAGUGCUGACAUUACUUUAUUGCAAAAAAUAUACUUUGCCAUGUAAUCAAUUUAAGAACAAAAGCAUCAUUUGUGAAAACUAAGUGAUUAGAAGAAACACCAUAACCAUGGUGUUACUCUUAUGCAGCUAUAAAAUCCAUUUGUGGGUGAAAUGGCUUCUGGAAACUAAUGCGGGGUCAAUGCAUGAACCCAGAUCCGUUGUGCCUUUUCUUCAAAAGCUGACACAAUCUGUGCUGAUUCAUGUUGUUUAACAUUGAUGAUGACUAUGAAGCCUAGUAAGAGCACUUUAGCAGAAUAUCCAAAUUCCACAGAAUAUAAUUUAGCUGCUGGAUGAGGGGGAAAAUAAAAUUAAUCAAGCAAUUUUGAAUAACCUUUUGGAUUUUUCUUAGCUAAUACAAUAUGUACAUUCUUACAGUGAUAGUAGAUUCAAAUAUAUUUUAUUACCUAUUAUAAUAUAUUCUAAAACACUGAUUAUUGCUAAUAUGUAAUACACUUGACUGCUUUAAAAUUAUAACAGUUCUACUGUUGCCCUCUUGCCUUCUAGUACUAAAUUCUGUUAAUCAGUUACUUUUCUUUGUUGUAAACUGCAAAGGUACCAUAUCCUGUGAGUGUUAUCAAUAUUACUUUCCCCCCCCAUCCCAUCAGUUUGUCAUCUAUAACGAGCUAGACACCCUUACACUUGAAAUGCUCAAGGACAGUAGCUAGAACAUACAAGUGAGAACAAAAAAGUUGAAAAAUUGAAGAUAAGGGGGAAAAAAAUCUCACUAGAAUAACAUAAAUGAUGGUUGGUGCCUAACUAGAAUACAUGGAGUGGCUUGACUUUGGUUGGAAAAUGUUUAGAUUCUUGGUGUCUUUUUGUUGUAUGUUGUAUGGAUAGAAAGCCUCUUGUACUUGAAGUCUGUAUCCAAAGCCUAUUAACCAAGCAUGCAGAGUUUACUGACAACAUUAAUAAACAAAAAUGAAGUAA